AUGGGAGUCAGAGACAAGGGCUUUGAGAACCUGCAGCUUACAGUGACCACCUCCUUGCCCCUUUCUCUCCUCCAGUCCCCUCCAUAUAGCUCUGGGAGUUAUGACUCCAUCAAGACAGAGGUCAGCGGCUGCCCUGAGGACCUGACUGUGGGCCGUCCUCCCACAGCCGACGACGACGAUGACGACCAUGAUGACCAUGAGGACAACGAUAAAAUGAAUGACUCGGAGGGGAUGGACCCUGAGCGCCUCAAGGCCUUCAACAUGUUCGUGCGCCUUUUUGUUGAUGAGAACUUGGACCGGAUGGUGCCCAUCUCCAAGCAACCCAAGGAGAAGAUACAGGCCAUUAUAGAGUCCUGCAGCCGCCAGUUUCCUGAGUUCCAGGAGCGAGCCCGCAAACGCAUCCGCACUUACCUCAAAUCCUGCCGUCGGAUGAAGAAGAAUGGCAUGGAAAUGACCAGACCCACUCCUCCCCACCUGACCUCAGCCAUGGCUGAAAACAUCCUGGCAGCCGCAUGCGAGAGCGAAACGAGAAAAGCAGCCAAGAGGAUGCGACUGGAGAUCUACCAGACAUCCCAGGAUGAGCCGAUCGCUCUUGACAAGCAGCACUCCAGGGACUCCGCAGCCAUCACCCAUUCGACCUACUCACUGCCAGCUUCCUCCUAUGCCCAGGAUCCCGUCUACAUCAAUGGCAGCCUGAACUACAGCUACCGCUACGGGGCUUUGAGCAGCAGCCUGCAGCCCCCAGCUUCCCUCCAGACAGCAAAUCACAGUAACGGUCCUACAGAUCUCAGCAUGAAAGGCGGGGCUGCCUCCACCACGACGACGACGACCACAACCACCACCACCACCUCCUCUUCCUCCUCUUCUAGCAACAGCACCAGCCGGGGCAUGGCCACUGCCCAGCUCAGCCCCACGGAGAUCAGCGCAGUGCGGCAGCUCAUCGCCGGCUACCGAGAGUCUGCCGCCUUUCUCCUGAGGUCCGCAGAUGAACUGGAAAACCUCAUAUUGCAGCAAAACUGACACCCCAGCGCCCGGAGAGCUCCUGUGUCACAUGACAAUUUCCACCCUAGAGAAAGGGGCUGCCCCCAGCUGAGGACCUGGUGUCCUCUUUCCCCUCUAGCUGGUACAUUUUAUUUAAAGAAAAAAAAAAUGGGUGGAAUGUAAAAGAGCUGUUUCUCCACACACUCCAAGCACCUGGGACUUUGGGCACAAGGACACUUUUUAUUUGUUUUGAAUCUCACCACACAGGUGCACUUACCUGCUUGGAAGAAGCCAAACGGGCAGCUUUGGAGGGGGUUUGAACUUUCUUGACAGGGAGCUUGGGAGCUGCGGCCGUAUUUAGAAUAACCUUCGUGGACCCUGACGUUAGAAUCCCAUCCCCAGAUAAUUACCUUUCAAGUCUUAGGUGAGCAGAAUUGCAUAUUUAUUGAGAAAAAACAAAAUGGACCCUCUCUUCCUCCUCCUCCUCCUCUACCCUUAGUAAUUUAUUUUUCUGAAAAUGGAUUCUUUUGUGUUUGUA